GACUCUACCAUGGACCACAUCUUCUACUGCCUGCUGGUCCUGGGAGCCACAGUGAUGAUCAGUCAUGCAUGCCCCAAGUACUGUGUAUGCCAGAAUCUGUCAGAGUCCCUGGGGACAUUGUGUCCCUCUAAAGGCCUUCUUUUCGUGCCUCCAGACAUUGACCGCAGCACAGUGGAGCUGCGUCUGGGAGGCAACUACAUCCUCCGCAUUACACAGCAGGACUUUGCCAAUAUGACUGACCUAGUGGAUCUGACCCUCUCCAGGAACACGAUCAGUUACAUUCAGCCCUUUUCCUUUGGUGACUUGGAAACACUGCGCUCGCUUCAUCUGGACAACAACCGUUUGAUGGAGCUAGGCCCUGAUGACUUGCGUGGCUUGGUCAACCUGCAGCACCUCAUUGUCAACAAUAACCAACUGGGACGCAUCCAUGACAAGGCGUUUGAGGACCUGGCACCUGCCUUGGAGGAUCUGGAUCUCUCCUACAACAACCUGAUGUCUCUGCCCUGGGACUCCGUCCGUCAGAUGAUAAAUUUGCACCAGCUUAGUCUGGACCACAAUCUGUUGGACUUUAUUCCAGAGGGUACCUUCACUGACCUGGAAAGGCUGGCAAGAUUGGACCUGACCUCGAAUCGUUUGCAGAAGCUACCACCAGACCCCAUCUUUGCCCGUGCACAGGACUCAAUAAUCCUGACUACACCAUAUGCUCCUCAGUUGUCCCUAAGCCUGGGUGGGAACCCACUGCACUGCAACUGUGAGAUGCUCUGGCUGCGGAGGCUUGAGAGAGAUGACGACCUGGAGACGUGUGUCUCCCCUCCUGCUCUGAAGGGUCGCUACUUUUGGAAUAUGAAAGAGGAGGAGUUUGUCUGUCGUCCACCUCUCAUUACCCAGCACACCCACCGAAUGCUGGUCUUGGAGGGACAGACAGCCACUCUAAGGUGUGAAGCAACUGGAGACCCUUCUCCUACCAUCCACUGGAUCUCCCCUGAUGAUCGGCUGCUUGGCAACUCCUCCCGUACUGCAGUGUACAGCAACGGAACCCUUAGCAUCACCAUCACAACCUCCAAGGACUACGGCACUUUCACCUGCAUUGCCGCUAAUGUGGCAGGAGAGUCCACUGCUUCCGUGGAGGUGUCCAUUGUCCAGCUCCCCCACCUCAGCAAUGGCACUGGGCAGCCAGCCCCACCAAAGUCACGCCUCUCUGAUAUCACAGGGACCACCAGGAUCAGUAAAGGGACUCCCAAGAGCCAACCAGAGAGGACUGUGUCUGUCUCUCAGGUGACAGCUGUUUCAGCACUGGUCAAGUGGACAGUGAGCAAGUCAGCGCCAAAGGUGAAGAUGUACCAGCUCCAGUACAACUGCUCUGAUGAUGAGGUUCUGAUCUACAGGAUGAUCCCAGCGUCCAGCAAAGCCUUCUUGGUGACAAAUCUGGUGUCGGGGACCCGCUAUGAUCUGUGUGUGCUGGCCGCCUGGGAUGACACUGCCACCACGCUUAUGGCCACCAACGUUGUGGGCUGCACCCAUUUCCUCACGCAGGAUGACUUCCCUCAGUGCCAGUCUCUGCCCAGCCAGCUGCUGGGAGGCACCAUGAUCCUGGUUGUGGGGGGUAUCAUCGUGGCCACUCUGCUUGUGUUCAUCGUCAUCCUCAUGGUGCGCUACAAAGCUGCAGAUACUGAACCCCCAGUGGGCAAGCUGGCCAGUGUCAGUGACACAUACUCUCAGACCAACGGUGGACGACUCGGGCAAAAUGGGCUUCUUAUGCCCCAGUCUCAGUCUCUGCUUCAGUUUGAGCAAGCGGUCAAGGCCAAAGUGACUCUGCAGAAUGAGGUGGUAGAGUUCAGGUGUGGCUCUCUCCAGAGCAGCCUCACAUCUUCUUCUUCUUCCUCAGGCUCUAUGGCUAGGGGCUCAUAUAGCCCCAACAGCACACUCGCCAGCAUCUGGAGGUCAACUCCCUCCAAGCCCCGGUCCAACUUAGACCACCUCCUCGGGGCCUUCGCCUCACUGGAGUUGCGAGGGGCACAUAGCUGUGACCCAGGAGCCUCCAAUAGUACUGCGAUGAUGGCGGCAAAACUCCACACAGACAAGGAGCCACUGCUGGGCAGGACACUGGACUCCAGCCUCAGUCGGCUCCUAAUGCUACCUCUGGACUCCAAGCCAAAAAGGAGCCAGUCCUUUGACAUUGGAGAUAUAACAGGUGCCGGGGCCACUCAGCUGUGCAACAAACCACAAAGGAUCAGCAACAUCUGGACUAAGAGGAGUCUGUCUGUAAAUGGCAUGCUGCUGCAGUGUGAAGAGGAGGAUCCGGACACAGGAGGAAGCAAGGGGACAAUGGACAGCGCUGACUGGGUGAUGGAGAGUACUGUCUAGGAACUACCCAAAUAGAUGGCCAAGACAGACCUGCUGGCCUAAGAGCCUUUGUCCUACAUGAAAAACAUUCAUUUUCAUCCCUUCCACUUCACUACUCAGACUAAAAUGAGAAAAGAUGAGGGGUUUUCAUUGUCAUAGCCAAAUAUGAACUCUAGGAAUAAGACUUUUGCAGUGUUUUGCCUCACACGUUGUACAAUAUGGAUUCAAAUUGCUCAUCAACUGAAGGGAAAUGACAAAGCAGUGCAGACUGUCACCUAAUAUGUGGCCAUGCCCAUGGGCUUUUAUUAUACUAUAAAAAGUUUAGGUAUGUAAUGAAAUGGAUGUUUUAUAUAUUUUUUUGCUUGUCAAACACAAA